AUCAUCUGUUUUCGCGGUUUUACACUAGUGAUAUCAGAUGUGACUGUGAGGUUAUCAAAUGUGUCAACAAUAACAAAAACAUUUUAUUGGCUGCAAAUGACUGAUGCAUGCCAGAUUUUUUAAUUUAACCUUUUAUUGAAGGAUAUAUAUGUAAUUGCAUAUUCAUUAAUUCUCUGCGGGAAAAUACGAAUUUAUUAUUUGUGAAUUGUAAUCAUUAUAAAUGGGGGUCCCUCGAUGUUGUUGCAAAAAUGUGAAUAGUUUUUCAGGCGAGUUUUUUUUAUAAAUUAUCAGAUGAUCUUGAUUUUUUAUGGUUAGUGGAUUUAUAAGGGUGAGGAGAAAUAGCGAUUGGAGUUAUGGAUUCUUCAACUGAUGAUAAUGAUGUCCCGAAGAAACGAACUCGGACAUUUUUGAACAAACAAAAAUUCGCCGACAACGAGGCGAAAAAAAUUCUGAGAGACUUCGAUCCUCAACGCAGUGAGCGGGAAAAACGAAAAAAUACUCAGCAGAUACGAAGACUUUAUCCAGGAAGCAAGAAACAUGUGUUGUACGAUGAGUCAGGAAUUUUUAUGCAGAAUGGAAUGAAUCUCUGUGAUUGCCUGAGGCAGGAUUGUCCAGGGUGUCACUACCCCUGCUCCAAAUGUGGAUCGACCAAAUGUGGACAUGAGUGCAGAGUCCACAGAAGAUGGGCAUAUGAAUGCAUAGAGAAUGAAGGCAGUGACACGGUGAUGAAAAAUCGAGACAUGAAGAAGACGUCCUAACUCCCGCCAUCGCCAAGCGAUGCCCUAAAAUUCCCGAUGAAAAACCAUCAGUAAUGAUAAAUAAAAUUCUAAACACGCGAAUCCUCCAGUAAUUUUAAGGACAGGCAAAAAAAAAAAUUGUUGAAAACUCAUAAUAAAGAAUUACCCUAGCUGUUUAAAUCAA